GCCCUCAAUUAUCUUUCUACUGUCACUGACGAACUGUCAUUCUUGACCAAUCCAACAGCAGCAGCAGUAGCAGCAGCAUAAAAAACAACUAAUUUCAACGCACUGAAGCAUAGGAUGAGCGAAUUGUGAGAAUUAAUCCACCUAGUUUACAGGAAAAGUGGCCCCAAAAUGGGUAUUUAGGGCCUGUGGUGCAUAAUCACGCUCGAAACCAACAAGUUCCUAGUGGUAUAUUUGCAUGUUUGUGCGUUAUUUUCGUACGGUAUGGAUCGCAUGUAGGCACGGCCUUCGGAUACCCUCCCUGUACGGACCGGCAUUCGGUGCUAAGUGUGUGUGAUCAUUGUUUCGGAAUUGGCUAAGUUUGGUCACCAUUCGUGCAACUCUUCCAACAAGGAAAAACAACGAACAGCGAAAGAAUGGGCGAUACGGGCUGCGUACACUUUGCAUCCUACGUGAAGGAGUACGGGUACGAUUCGUACAGUGUUGUGCACGCAUACUUCAGUGCCUGCAUUAGCAAGGAGGCACGUCGUCGGAAGGCUCUGUCCUGUCUUUGCUACAAGUGCGGUAGUUCCGGUCCUCAGCUGUACUCCUGUCUGCACUGCAUUUAUUUCGCUUGCAAAGGAGCGCACAUCAACGAGCAUUAUAAGCACACGAAACACUACAUGGCGCUGGAGUUGUGCUACGGCAUGCUGUACUGUUACCAGUGUCGGGAUUUUAUCUACCACAGCAAAUGCCAAGCCAUCGCCGAAAGACAUCUACGGCGUGAGGCUCGCAGCCUCGACAAAAGCCUUUCCUGGCGACCUUGGAGCCCCUCGAGGUUGGAAAUAGAGCUCCUGCUGAAGAACCCCAAACGAAGGCACGUGACGGCUCUCACUAGUAUCGGGUUGCGCGGAUUGUUAAACCUUGGCUCGACCUGUUUCAUGAACUGUAUCGUGCAGGCCCUCAUCCAUACGCCACUGUUGCGCGAUUAUUUCCUCGCCGAGCUACACGAAUGCACAGCGAAAACGGCCGCCAAAUGUCUGGUUUGUGAAGUGUCCCGACUGUUCCAAGAAUUUUACUCCGGUGCCCGUGGUCCACUGUCAUUGCACCGGUUACUACAUCUGAUCUGGAAUCACGCACGGCAUCUGGCCGGAUAUGAGCAGCAAGAUGCACACGAGUUCUUUAUCGCCACGUUGGAUGUGUUGCACCGGCACUGUAAAAUAUCGAUGACAGAACUGGCUGCAAAUGCGGCCGCUGCGGCUGCAGCUGCAGCGGCGGCAGCGGCAGCAACCGAUAAAUCGAAAUCCUCCCUACCAAAUGCCCAUCAACCGUCACAAAAUGCACACGUGGGUACGAACUUCCUGGCACACCAAGCUACUUCCCAGCAGGAACCAUUGCAGCUGUUGCAGCCACAGUCUGGUCCCAAUGCGCUAGCGAUGCCAACGGCAGCUUCUCCUGCUGGAGCAACGGGCACAACCACUGCCACCAACGCGACAAACAGCGGCCAAAAUCAACCUUCUGAUCCUAAUCCGACUCAGUGCAAUUGUAUUAUUGAUCAGAUUUUUACCGGUGGGUUGCAGAGCGAUGUAGUGUGCCAGGCGUGCAAAGGCGUUUCCACCACAAUCGAUCCAUUCUGGGACAUAUCGCUUGAUCUGGGCGAAUCGUCAAACGGGCAGGGUGGAUACGGUGGCCCACCGAAGUCACUGAUCGACUGUCUGGAGCGAUUCACCCGGGCGGAACAUCUUGGUUCGAGUGCAAAAAUCAAGUGCAACACAUGCAACAGCUACCAGGAAUCAACAAAGCAAUUGUCCAUGCGCACUCUACCAAUAGUAGCAAGUUUCCAUCUGAAGCGCUUCGAACACUCUAGUCUGAUUGAUAAGAAAAUUUCCACCUUCAUCUCAUUCCCUGCCGAGCUGGACAUGACACCGUUUAUGUCGCAGAAAAAGUCUGAUCAGCAGCAGCAGCACCAGCAGCAAUCACAUCUAGCACCGUCUUCACCGAGUUUUCCUAGCAGUGGAGCUAAUGGUUCUUCUGCCUCCUCCAUGACUAGCACGGGCGGCAUAGUUGCGACGUCUUCGUGCUUAAAUAACGACGAUAGCCGGAACCAACCGUAUCCGAACGAGGACAGUGAUACGGCCGACUUCCGAUACUCACUGUACGCUGUCAUCAACCACGUGGGAACGCUCGAUGCGGGCCACUACACGGCGUACGUGCGACACCAGAAAGACAUUUGGGUCAAGUGCGAUGACCAUAUUAUAACCACUGCCACACUCAAGCAGGUCUUGGACAGCGAAGGAUAUCUUCUUUUCUACCACAAAAAAAUAUUGGAGUACGAGUGAACGAUCAACGGCUACGGGAAGAGAAACAACGAUCCGAAAGGGAUAAUUUGGAUGCAAGAGCAAAACGGGUGGAUAAGAAUACCGUAGUGACUGACGGAACACAUUAAGACUGGUUAAAAGGCACCCGUAAUACAUAGUAGAUAAAUACGUGAAGGGAUCGUACGGUAGGGAAAGCGUUUGGAUUGUUUCGUUCAAACAUAACUUAACGUUAAUCACAGAGCCUUUAAGCAGCAUUGUCGCGAAGGGGAACAAGAUGAAGCAACAGGAUAAAACCUGGAUGAAAUCGAUCAAAAGGUUAGCAAUUUCUUUCCUCGUUACUUUUAAUUUUACCAUAUAAUAGACGAAACCCCAUGGCAUGGAACGAUAGGGACGAUGGAAAAGAAAAA